UAGCAGUCAGCCACCAUGGACGUGUCGCAGCCGCCGCCGCAACUCCUCACCGCGCCCUCGGCGCUGGCCACCAACUUCACAUCGCUCCCGCCGCCAAACAUGGGCGGCCAGCACUACCGCCACUACCAUCCACAUCACGGUUCCAACAAGCACGGCUACAACCAGUUCAAGCCCUUCAUGCCCGGCGGCUUCCAGCGGCCAUUCGGGAUGUCCCAGGACGACUUCGACGGCAAGCGGCUGCGCAAGAGUGUGAUGCGAAAGACUGUGGACUACAACGCGUCCAUCAUUAAGGCUCUGGAGAACCGCCUUUUCCAACGCGAUCAUCGGGACCGCUUGGCCCUGCAGCCUGACAGCAUUUAUGUGCCCCAUAUGCUGCCGCCCUCCGCUUACCUGGACAACCCGUCUAAUGCGGUGACGACAAGAUUUGUGAAGACUGCCACGAACAAAAUGCGCUGUCCCAUUUUCACGCUGGCCUGGACGCCGGAGGGCAGGCGCUUGGUCACCGGGGCCAGUUCUGGCGAGUUCACGCUCUGGAACGGACUGACCUUCAACUUCGAGACCAUUCUGCAGGCCCACGACAUUUCGGUGCGAACGAUGGUGUGGUCGCACAACGACAGCUGGAUGGUGACCGGCGACCAUGGCGGCUAUGUUAAGUACUGGCAAUCCAACAUGAACAACGUGAAGAUGUACCAGGCGCACAAGGAGGCGAUUAGGGGAAUAAGUUUCAGUCCCACGGACAGCAAGUUUGUUAGCGGCAGCGACGACGGAACUCUGAGGAUAUGGGACUUCAUGCGCUGCCAGGAGGAGCGAGUGCUACGAGGACACGGAGCAGACGUCAAGUGUGUGCACUGGCAUCCGCACAAGGGAAUGAUCGUCAGCGGGAGCAAGGACAACCAGCAGCCCAUUAAAAUCUGGGAUCCCAAGAGCGGAAUCGCUCUGGCCACUCUACAUGCUCACAAAUCCACCGUGAUGGAUCUGAAAUGGAACGACAAUGGCAACUGGCUGGUCACCGCCUCCAGGGAUCACCUGCUCAAGCUGUUCGACAUUCGCAACCUGCGGGAGGAGGUGCAGGUUUUCCGUGGCCACAAGAAGGAGGCCAGCUCAGUGUCGUGGCAUCCCAUUCACGAGGGUCUAUUUUGCUCUGGCGGCUCCGAUGGCUCCAUUUUGUUCUGGAAUGUUGGCACCGACAAGGAGAUUGGCUGUGUGGAGACGGCACAUGACAGCAUUGUGUGGACGCUGGCCUGGCAUCCGCUGGGUCACAUUUUGUGCUCCGGCUCCAACGAUCACACGAUCAAGUUCUGGACGAGAAACCGUCCGGGAGAUCUGAUGAGAGACAAAUAUAAUCUGAACACAUUGCCCGCCAGCUUGGCUGCUUUGGACGAGUGUGAAUAUGACGACGCUAUCAUACCCGGAAUGGGUCCCGAGGACCGGGUUGAGUUUACCGAAAGCCUAACGGCCGACAAGGGCUUCAUUCCUGGCCUGGAUUUGGAUCCGAGCAGAGCGCUAAAUGACCGCGACCGGGAGAAGAAGGUUCCCUACAGCAAACCCAUUCCGCGAAACUUCCAGGUGAACUGGGCUGGUCCCCGGCGAGCGGACGAUCCCAGUGUGCUCAGCAUCCACGACGAACUGGCCGCCCGCGAGGCCAAGGACUCGACGAGCGGACUGAACCACCAGCAGAUCAGCGAGAACACCAUGGAGGGCAUCCUGGCCAGCGGCAUGCUCAAUGGCCUCGAUCCCCAGACAAUUGUUGGGGUGCUGGUGUACAAUCGAUUCAUUCGCGUCCAUCCGGACUCCAGACUGAUGGCUGCCAUUCGCCAGGGCACCGAGUUCCUCAACAAGUACAUCGAUGCCGGAAAGCUGGAAGAGCUCAAUGACGUGGUUCCAGUGCGGGAGCGCUCGCGAUCCGUUUCGCCCACGGUAGAGGCACGUGGCGAGGUGGUUUCACCGCCCACCAAGAAGUCCCGCUUCGAGCCGCGCCAGCACAACGCUCAGCUAGUCUGCGUCCGAGAACUGUUGCAACUCAAGAAGCCUUUUGUGCAAUCGCUGGUCACGGCGAAAGCCCAGCAGCCCAACACGGAGUUCGUGGACGAACCGCCACUAGAGCAGAGGGAAAGGGAGCGCGAACGGGAACGGGAACGAGACGGUGACCGCGACAGGGAGAGGCAGGGCGAUCGGGAUCGCGGCCGUGAACGCGAGAGGGACCAAUCGGGGGGCAGACCCAAUCCCUGGGCUUCCAACGCCCCCUGGUCGAACAAUGGCAAUUCCGGUGGCAAUGCGCCAAAUGGUUUUGGCAACAAUGGCGCAGAUGGCUUCAACGACCGCGACCGAGACUUCCAAAAGAGCGGGAAUAACGGAGGAGGUGGUGGCCAGCGUCGUCGGCGUGGCAACAAUAAUUCCGGCUCUGGUGGUGGCGGAGGAGGUGGUGGUGGAGGUGGCGGAGGAGGCGGUGGCAGAAAUCGCGGACGCAACAACAACAGGCGCUACUAACCGCCACCCCACCAACACACCCUAUUUACACAUUCUUCAGUUUAAGCCAUUUCUAUGUCGUUGACUCAAUCUCUUUUGCAACCCUUGCUUUUUAAUGCUAAAAUCGAUUUAUAUUGUUUUAACGAAAAGAAAAUCAGAUUGUAACAUAGUA